AUGCCGAUAGUUGAUGGCUGCUUAAAUGUUGUUAAGAUAACAAAGACAAGGAAAUGGGUUCAAACAAUUUAUUCCUCCUUCAUUUAUUUUUUUCAACCUCCUUCGUUUUCUUACAUUUUUUCAACCUACUUUAUUUUCUUUCUUUUGUUCGCAUCCUUCUUUUUUAACCUCUUUCGUUUCCUUUCUUUUUUAAACCUUCUUCACUUUCUUUCUUUUAUAAUUUCCAUCAUUUUCUUUCAUUUUUCCAACCUCCUUAUUUUACCUUCCUUCAUUUUCUUUUUAAUUCUUCAACCUUCUUCAUUUUCUUUCUUCUUUUCAACCUUCUACGUUUUCUUUCUUUUUCUAAAUACUUUCAUUUUCCUUCUUUUUUUAACGAUUUUCAUUCUCUUUCCUUUUCAAAUUUCUUUCAUUUUCCAUCUUUUUCGAAUCUCUUUCAUUUUUCUUCCUUUUCUAAUUUCUUUCAUUUUCCUUCUCUUUCGAAGUUUUCAUUCCCCUCCUUGUCUAACCUCUUUCAUUUUCUUCUCCUUUUCUUUCCUUUUUCAUUUUUUUCGGAUAUUUCUUCUUACUUUCUUUCAUUCAUUUAUUUUAAUUUCUUUCCUGACACGCCACAUCUGGCUCGUUUUCUUCCUUCUUUUUUGUUCUCUUGUUUUUCUUCCCAGGACUACAUCAAUCCCUUUCUUUUUCUUUCGCUUUUUUCGUCUUUCCCUCUACAUCACUUUCUUCUUUUUCUUUUCUUUCCUUCGAGAUCUUCUUCUUCUUUUCUUUCUCUUUUUCUUUUCCUUUUUUCUUCUUCCCUUUUUCUUCCUCUUCUUCUUUUCCUCUAGAUCACUUUUUUCUUUUCUCUUUUUUCUUUCUCUUUUCUUCUUCUUCUUCUUCUACUUCUUCUUCUUCAUCUUCUUUCCCUCUAGAACACUUUCUACUUCAUCCACUUUUCCUCCUCUUCUACUUCUUCUACUCCCCCCUUCUUCUUCUUCUUCUUCUUCUUCUAGACCUCUUUCUUCUUCUCCCUCUUUUCUUCUCAUUCUUUUUUUCCCUCUAGAUCUCUUUCUCCUUCUUUCACUUUGCUUCUCCUUCGUCUUCUUUCCUUCGAGAUCUCUUUCUUUUUCUUUUCUUCUUUCCCUUUUCUUUUUCCCCUUUUCUUUUUCUUCCCCUCUUGAUAUCUUUCGUCCUCUUUCACUUUUCUUCUCCUUCUUCUUUCCUUUGUGA